AACCAGCCCCCAAGCUCCCCGUGUGCCGUGUCCCCCAGCGCAGCUGUGCCGGCUCUGUUGGCGCUGGCGCUGCGGGGCCCGCUCUGGUUGCCCGCGCUCCUUUACGGGCUCUGGCUGCUGGCGGACCGGGACACUCCCCGCCGCGGGGGGCGCCCUUGCGCCUGGGUGCGGGCCUGGCCCGUCUGGCGUCACUUCCGGGAUUAUUUCCCCGUCUCGCUGAUCCGCACGACGCCGCUGGACCCCCACAGAAAUUCCAUUUUCGGCUUCCACCCGCACGGGGUCCUGGCCGCGGGGGCGUUCGGGAAUUUCUGCACCGAGGCCACCGGGUUCGGGGCUCUGUUCCCGGGGCUGCGGCCGCACCUGCUCACCCUGCCCUGCUGGUUUGGUGUCCUCAGAACCCUCCAGCCUCGAACAUUAUUCUAAAUUUUUCCCCCAUAAAUUCCCUCUUUAAAUUUUUUUUCCCCCAUAAUUCCAGAUAUUUUUCCCC